UACAUAUUUCCCCACUUGGCGGUAAAUUUGAUUUUUCUCACUGAAAUUAUUCGUCUGUGUUAUACAUAUACUGUUAUACAGUCAAAAAAUUUGGAAAUCAUUCGAAUGGAAAUUUAAUUUGCCCAAAUAUAGAAUAAAUAAGGAUGUAAUAAUGUGUGAAGCAUGACUAUGUCCUUCUGAUAAAAACUUGCAGCUAUUAUAUUUGCGUUGAAUUUUAAUAUGAAAAAUUCUUGGCUCAAUUUAUAUUGCAAUUAAGAAUAACUAUUUUGCUAAAGAGACCUUUUUAUUUACUAUUAUCAUCCAGAAGCUAUAUUUCCAUCAUCGCUGAAUCACUAACUUAUCACUCACUUAAAAUGCUAAUGUCAAACGAGAGCCACGUGCGAUAAAACUACCGUUGAAAGUCUAGACGGAAAGUAAAUCAAGGAAGUUAAGAUUGAUAAGGUUUUCAACGAAUCCAGUCUAGACGUAAAAUCAAAUAAGAAAAUUUCCAAAAAUUGUAUACACAUUGUAUGCAUAAAUAUGCAAAUCGGAAGCAACAUAUCAACAGAAGAGUAUCAUAUCUUUGGUAAACAGCCAGAAUUUUGUAAUGUAUAUAUAACACAGUACUUCUACCGAUUCAUACAACAGUUCAUUCAGCUCCAUCGUCGUCUAUACAAGAAGAAAUCCAAGAGUAACAUACAAGAUUCGCCAUGUUUACCAAAUCGCUUGUUCUCGUACUCUUGGGCUGCACUCUAAUCUUGGCGAGCCCAGUUCAGCAAAGUGGAGAGUCGAGGGCGAAACGAUCGUUCAUCGGAACAAUCGCCGAUUGGCUUCAGAAAAUCGACGACACAAUCGACAAUGUCACCGAUCGUGUGAAGCAACCCGUCAAGAAGGUUUACGAUGCAAUUCUCAAGCAGGGCGAGGGCGUAGUCGGCUAUGGCAAGGAUACAAUCAAUGAAGUUCUCGAAAAGUACUACGAAUUGAAGAGCAAGUCUGAGGCAAGCAUCAACAAGGCCAAGAAUACCUUCCUUACCAAAGUCAUCGACGAAUUACAAAAGGUUAUCGAUUUUUUGUCUGAAUCUGACAGCGAAGAUUUGGAGAAACUGAAGGAGAAGACUCAGGACAUCGCUCAGUCGGGCAAAGAUGCUUUGGAGAAACUCAAGCAUCAGUUGCAGGAAGCUAUCGAAGCUGAAAAGCUAAAGCUCGAGCAAAAUCUGGGAAAGUGGGAAGAAGAAGCUAAAGAGGCUGUGAAUGCAAGAAAAUAUUAAGUUUUAAUUUGUAAAUAUUGUAUAGAUCUAAAGAUAUGUAUAUUUUUGUAAAAAUAGUUAAGUGAUGCGUUGAUUCUAAUUAAUUUAUU